UGUGGGGCGGCAGAUUUUUGUCUCGCCUAGGGCGGCAUAAAGUCGAGGACUGGCCCUGAUGUUCACGAUACAACCUGGCCACACACAGACUCAAGAUCAGCUUAGAUUAAUUUAUUUUACAGGAGCUGUAGUUCAUAAACUGACCCAGCGAGUUGCAGUGAACUGCGCAUCUGCUAUCGGAAACCAAAAGCGUUUAUAGCAACCGGACUGCAGUUGUGGCAAUUGUAUUUUGUUUUCGUCUCGUGCUGUUUGUUGCCUGUUGCAGCUGCAAGAGCCAGACGGUCAUGUAACUGGUUGCAGGAGGUGUUUUAAGUGAUCCAGUGACAGCCCCCCUAAACCAACACCAGACUGCCUGGAAGUGUGAAGAAAGCCCAGCAAAACACAGCCAUGUUGGAGGAGGACAUGGAAGUGGCCAUCAAGGUGGUGGUGGUGGGCAACGGUGCGGUGGGGAAGUCCAGCAUGAUCCAGCGUUACUGCAAGGGCAUCUUCACCAAGGACUACAAGAAGACCAUCGGUGUUGACUUCCUGGAGAGACAGCUACUAGUGAAUGAUGAAGAUGUGAGAUUGAUGUUGUGGGACACGGCAGGGCAGGAAGAGUUUGACGCCAUCACCAAGGCCUACUACCGCGGUGCCCAGGCGUGUGUACUGGUCUUCUCCACCACCGACAGGGAGUCGUUUGAGGCCAUCGGCAGCUGGUGGGAGAAGGUGGAGAUAGAGGUGGGAGACAUCCCCACUGUCCUGGUGCAGAACAAGAUUGACCUUCUGGAUGACACGGUGAUCAAAAAUGAGGAGGCAGAAGGUCUGGCCAAGAAGCUCAAGUUGAGGUUUUACCGAACCUCCGUAAAGGAGGACCUCAAUGUCAAUGAAGUUUUUAAAUACCUAGCAGACAAGUAUCUGCAGCGACUGAAGCGGCAAACAGCAGAAGAUCCUGAGGUAGUCCAUACAACUAGCAAUAAAAUUGGAGUUUUCAACACCACAAGUAGUAACUUAUCUAGUCAGAACUCCAGCAACGGCCGAGAAGUCAUCAGCUUGCGACCCAACAAACAGAGGACAAAGAAAAGCAAAAACCCCUUUGGUAGCUGCAGCCUUCUUUAGAAUCAAUCCAUUCCCUACAAUAAUGUACGAUUUGACUGCCAUGUGUGAGUGUAAGAGUCUAUACAUUUGAGCAUAACCUACAGGUAUAGGUCUUAAUUUGAUCCCUCUUUUGUUGCUGAGAAUUUCCCUGCAAAUGACCUUCAUGAUGGACAUAAAUUCACAAAAUCUGCACUUAUAACACAGUUAUAUUAACAGUAUUGCACUUCAUGAAGCCUAAUUUUGGCCAGCUAAUAGUCUAACCACAGAACAAGCAACACUAAAAGUUCAAAUCCUGUUGCUGCAGGAUUAUAUUUGCUCUGACAAUAUUGGUCAAAUGAAGAUCCAACAUCUGUAAAUCUAAUAUGCACCUGAGUAUUGUGACGACCAUGCCUUUGAGCAUCUUUACAGAUCAAGUGCAGCCUUUGUUUCUCAUGGAUAGAUGUAUGAAAUAUAAAGCGAAAGUAACAAUAGUCGUCCUGGUGGCUGUAAUGGGUACUACAAUCCAAAACAGACGCUAUGUUGUAGCAUGAAUGUUCUCAUUCUUUUGAGAAAUAGUAGUUGGGCGUGACAGGGUUCUCCCAUUUACACCCUUGAACAUGGUGUAGGGAAGGGUUACAUUCUAGUUCACUAACAAGGUGUAUUUGUAUGUUCAUAUUGUGAUUUUUAUAGAUGACCAUUUGUGCAUUUGACUGUUCAUCUGUGCAAUCUGUUUGUAUUGUAAGAAAUAUACAGAUUACUUUCUACCAUAUUUGUUCUAAAAUAUUAAUGGAAUAUGGUUCAAUAUACUGAGUGUACAGAACAUUAGGAACACCUUCCUAAUAUUAAGUUUUGCCCCCUUUUGCCCUCAGAAA